UUACAACCCAAGGACAACGACUCACUCUAUUCUAAUCGUGAUUUCACUUUCUUGGCACUGAUUUAUACACCUUUGGGAGAGAAUUGUCUCAAAGAGUCAGAGGGGCUCCAAUCCCUCCUCACACAUGGACAUUUCCCUCUUCACUCCCAGAGGAACCUCACCACACUUGACCAGCUGUGACCCCCAGAUCAUCAUCGGCCAUGGUCAAUUAGACAUGCAAUUCAACAACAACAGUCAGCCUCAGAACAGCCACACGACGACUACGUCAACGAGCCGGUCGUCGGACUCGAGCGAGCUGUCCGCCAUGGGUAACAAAUGGGCUCCAAGGCUUCUUAGGGAGUGCGCGAGGGCGAUCUCGGACAAAGAUUCUACCAAGAUCCAUCAGCUCCUAUGGAUGUUGAAUGAGCUGGCCUCUCCAUAUGGGGAUUGCGAUCAGAAAUUGGCUUCCUACUUCUUGCAAGCCCUCUUUUGCAAGGCGACGGACUCUGGGCACCGGUGCUACAAAACCCUUCUCUCGGUCGCCGAGAAGAGUCAUGGGUUCGAUGUGGCUAGGAAGUUGAUACUCAAGUUCCAGGAGGUGAGUCCGUGGACGACUUUCGGUCACGUCGCUUCGAAUGGUGCAAUAUUGGAAGCCCUAGAAGGAGAGAGCAAGCUUCACAUAAUCGAUAUAAGCAACACGCUUUGCACUCAGUGGCCUACUUUGUUAGAAUCUUUGGCCACGAGGAACGACGAGACGCCGAGGUUGAAGCUCACCGUGGUGAUAACCGCUAGCGUCGCCGGUUCCGUGAUGAAAGAAAUAGGUCAAAGGAUGGAGAAAUUCGCGAGGCUCAUGGGAGUGCCCUUUGAGAUGAACGUGGUUAGCGGACUAAACAACCUGGGGGAGCUGACCAAGGACAAAUUAGGCAUCGAAGAGGACGAAGCCAUCGCCAUCAACUGCAUCGGAGCAUUGAGGAGGGUCGAAGUGGACGAAAGAGGGGAGAUAAUAAGGAUGUUUGGAUCGUUCAAACCGAGGAUCGUGACCGUCGUAGAAGAAGAAGCCGACUUUUCGAGCACGAGGGACGACUUCGUCAAGUGCUUUGAAGAGUGCCUCAAGUUCUACACCAUGUACUUCGAGAUGUUGGAAGAGAGCUUCGCACCGACGAGCAAUGAAAGGUUGAUGCUGGAGAGGGAGUGCUCAAGGAGCAUAGUUAGGGUUUUGGCAUGCGACGACGGGCAUCACGACGGCUGCGAGGGCGAGAGAAGGGAGAGAGGGAUUCAAUGGUCCGAGAGGCUCAAGGAGGCUGGCUUUUCAGCUGUUGGGUUCAGCGACGACGUGGUCGACGACGUCAAGGCGCUCCUCAAGAGGUACCGGGCUGGCUGGUCGCUGGUGGUGCCGCCGCAAGGACAAGAAGAUGACUCAUCAGCAGGGAUUUACUUGGCUUGGAAGGAGGAGCCUCUGGUUUGGGCUUCAGCCUGGAAACCCUAAAAGAGGGAGAGAGAGAUGACGAUCUCAGUAAUAUCUUUUUGGCAUGCACCAUAGAUUGCCAUGGCUUAUGAAUACCAAUAUCCAACUAGGGUUUUUAU